AUGGCUCUCCCUCUGGAGACGGUUGACGGCUAUAAACUCAUUAAGCACAUUCAGGAUGACGUCUACCUUGGUUAUCGUCAGAUCCAGGGUGCUGGGCUAUUAGAGGACGACCGUAAGGUGAUGAUCAAGCUGGAGGCGCGCGAUACGGACGCACCGUCCCUUGAACGCGAGGUCAAGAAUCUUCUAUCUUUUUCGGGGGAAAUUGGUUUUCCCCUGGUCGAACGCUAUGGCGCCAAAGACGGGUAUAGAUUCAUGGUCUGCCGCCUCGCCGGUCCUACCUUGGAGGGUUUAUUGGGAUGGUGUAGGGCGUUCUCCCUAAAGACCGUCCUCCUCCUCGCCGAGCAGCUCAUAAGCCGCAUUGAGGUCAUUCAUCGCCGGUCUUUCAUUCACGGCGGGAUACGGCCUGGUGCGUUUGCCUUGGGCACUGUAAAGGCCUUAAAUCAGGUCACGCUUGUUGAGGUAGCUGGAUUGAUCACGGAACACCCGCGGCGUAAUGAUGCCCGGUAUUCCGACCUUGAGGGGCUCACACUCAUGCUCAUCUAUAUGUGCCGCAGGCUAGCGCCAUGGGACGGGCUCCAGAUCGACCUUACGAAGACACCGUACGAAGACAUUCUCCGGCAAAUGGAGGACACGCGGGCGGAAGUUCUCUGUAAAGGGCUGCCUCGAGCGUUCGAAGUCUGCUUGGAGUACGUGAAAUCUCCUGACUGUACCAAUGAACCCGACUACAACUAUCUCCGUCAACUUUUCUGCAGCGCUUUCGGCGAGGAGGGGUUCUUACGCGACGGAGUCUUCGAUUGGAUUGUUUACAAGUAUUGGAAUUCCCAACAAUGCUACUCUCGGCCGGUCGCAGGCAUUACUAGCGAGGUAGGGAGAAAGCGCCUCUUAGGCGAAGACGCUCGAAGGGAACACAACGCCCAGGCCGAUCCACUCCGUCAAGCGGAAGAAGCGUGUGUGUCAAUUACCAAGGCGGAUAAAGCUGACUGGACGGCAGCUGACUGGACGGCGGCCGCCUCCGCAUACCUCGAGCUCACCAGAAGGUAUAUCGAUAUUUGGGAUCUUACACAGCACCCCGAGACCCCCCCCAACUUAAGGCGUUGGCCAGAAGGCCACCAGCUACAAGAAAAACUAUGGCAGAUCGGAAUAGAGCCGUGUCUGAAGCUGCUCGAGGCUGGCCUUCCGCACACGCGUAACCUCAUGACGGGUUUCCUUCAUAGAACGUUUAUUCUACUGACGGUGUUUGUGGAGAAGGCACCUCAGCAUGAGGAAAAGUGGGCAAGGUACCUUUUGGGUCUUUCUAAGUGGGGGACAGACCAUGACCCCCAUGGUCCGUGGGUGGGGGUGCAUAGCCGCUGGGAUAUUGACAGCUUUGGACAGCCCAGUUUCCAUACAUCUCUCCCGGAGUUCAAAGGUCCCGUAUUCACUUCUGAAUUUGGCGAUUUGCUCGCACAAGCUACGGGGGCUAACGUUUACCAUCUGCCUUUCUUGUCUGGGGACUCAAAAUAUUACCAAGGAAUGCAGUUCCCGAUAGGAAAAGUCGAAGAUGCGCUCCCCUCUCGCUCGAAGAGGCGUCGCUAUGAGAUGGACCAUUCCACUACCGAGCCGGAGGAGCCUUCUAACAGACCGCAUAGUGUGGAGAUGGUACCCCUUGAGAUAGGAAAUGAGGAGAAAGUUGAGGCCUACUACGAAUCUGCCUUUAAAGCCUUUCAGCAGAUCAACUGUCGCCAAAUAGCGAAGGCCUAUAUUAAGAUUAUCGAGCCACGCAAGCAAGUGAAGUAUCCUUAUAAUGGAGGACGGGGAGGACCCGGUGAGAAAGGGGACCCAGAGAAGACCAAGCCGGACUGGUGGCCAGCUGGAGUCCCCCAUCGUGAACCCGAUCACCUGCUGAAGCCGGAACGGAUAUGCCUUCUUAUCCAUAUCUUCCGUAAGCUUGGUAAUAAUGGAAUGACUGCCAACAAGCUAGAAGAGGCCGGACGUGGUGCCCAAAGUCAAAAAAAACCCCGCGAGAGACUUGGUAUCCUAGAUGAGAUUUAUAAGGUUCGAAGGGCGGAAGAGAGUUAUGAGAGGGGCGAAGCAGAUGCAAAUACCGUGGUUUAUAUAGUUAACAGAGAUAAAAAGCGGGAACGAACCCCGCAAGCGAUAGAAGGCGCUGACCGUGGCUCAACUUAUCUAAGUAAGCACGGACUGGAAAAGAACACGAAGCGUCGAAUGCUAUCACCAUCGCCUUAUAUUAUCAGCAACGGGGUACCAGCCGAUCAAUCCCGACCAAUCCUCGCCAUACCCCCCAUCGGCGAAUGGUGGAACCCUAGAGAAGAAUGCCCCCCCCAAGCACUGCCAUGCGGUUGCGCCGAAUGCCUUCCACCGCCUGUUAAUGUCGACCGUAUCCAACAAUGGCUUAAUACUGCUACUGAUGAGACGGCCGACCCAGAGCUUCUACAAGACUACGCCCCCACCUACCCCGAGCCCCGUAGCUCAAUGCAAGGCCACGGCUACAUCCCCGUGGGCUAUCACAGUGAUCAGCAUCGUACCCAAGGAUUUACACAGCGUUAA